UGGGACUAACCUUAGACGGAGGUAGAAUUUUAGCUUCGAUUUCCACUUCAAUGGAUUCUUCAUCACAGUCACCGUCCGAACCUCCCGCAGCUUCUUCUCCUCAACUACCUCCGGCUUCAACUGUUUCCUCCGCCACUAAUUCCGUCGCAGUUCCGCCGCAAUCGUCCCCUAAUGCAAACCCUAGUGUCAAUCCGAGUUCGUUCCAAAAUCAGAACCCCAAUUCCAAGGCCUCAACUCCUCUGCCGAACCAGCCUUCACAACAGAUACAAUCUCUCCCUACUUCACAACAAAUCACUAGGCCUUCCACCGCAUUGUCUGGAACUUGGCAACCGCCCUCGCAUUUCUCUCAUUUUUCUUCUUCUUCCCCUUCUGUUUCCUCUGGUGUUCCUUCACCUCGCCCUGUUUCUGCUUCUUCUCCAGCUCAAAGGGGAGGUGUUGCCAUUGGGGUUCCAGCUCACCAGCCAAGUCCCUCUCCUCAGCCUGCUCCGUUUUCUGCAUCUUAUGGUCAGCACUUUGGUGGGUUGGGCCGAGGUGGCGUUAGCAUAUCGGACGGGGCUUCUAAUUCAAAUCCUUCUCAGGUGAGACCUUCUAUGCAAGGAAUGCAGGGGUUAGGAAUGUUGGGCUCAAGUGGUUCUAGUUCUCAAAUGUUGCAUAGACCAGUGCAAUCUUCUCUUAGGCCGCCAUCUACCCCAAACUCAGCCUCCCAAAGUUUCCAAGGCCAUGGUCUCUUGAGAGUACCAUCAACAAGUUCUCCAAGUUCUUCAUUGCCAAACACAUCACAAGGUAUGCAACCCACCAACCAACCAUGGUUGCCAUCUAGCUCACAAGGAAAACCUCCGCUCCCAACACCUUCAUAUAGACCUCAGGCAAACUCAUCUGCUAUGCAGCAAAGGUCACAUAUCCCUCAACAACAGAACCAUCCCUUAACUCCAGUUUCUCAGCAGCAGCAAAUUUCAUCAGCUCCUCAACAACAACCUGCACAAUCACAUCAGCCGCAGGAGCAUUUUGCACAACAAUUUCAACCAUCAAGGAGCUCGCAAGGCUUACCACAUCAACAACAGGCUGCAAGAGCUCAGGGGCCAGCAAACCCUAAGGCUUCUCCUCUUCCACCUGCACAAACUAAUAAUGCACAGGCAUCGGCCCCGAGCAGAGCUAUAACUGCAGAAAUGGAAGAACCCUGUAGUAGAAUUCUCAGCAAAAGAAGUAUUGGCAAAUUGGUUAACCAAAUCGAUCCAUCUGAGAGAUUGGAUCCUGAAGUGGAAGAUAUACUCGUUGAUCUGGCAGAAGAGUUUGUUGAGUCAAUUACAACAUUCGGUUGCUCAUUAGCGAAGCAUCGCAAAUCUACUACAUUGGAAGCAAAAGACAUCCUUCUACAUCUUGAAAAAAAUUGGAAUCUAACACUUCCUGGGUUUGGUAGUGACGAGAUUAAGAUAUUCAGAAAACCGCUUACAAAUGAUACUCACAGAGAACGUCUUGCAGCAGUAAAAAAAUCUAUUGUGGCAAGCGAGAUGGCAAGUACCAGGAGUUCUGCUGGACAGGCCGCUGGAAAUACCAAAAGCAGUCUAACAAAAACACCUGCAGUUUAGCAUCUCCCAGAGUUCUGAAUUUGGAAUCUAGAAGGUAUGUAAAUGUGUCUAUCACAAAAAGGUAUUAGGAAGUGUCACGAUUUUUUGACAUUGAAGAAUGGAAGAUUGAGCCUUGGUCUCCAUUUCAUGUCUGUAAAUGUAGAGAGGUUAAUGGUUUGUUUGAUACCUUUCGUCUUUAAUAUGCCCAAAUGAGUAAGGUUGGACAAUCAUUUUAACACUGUUCAGUCUACUCUCUAACCUUGAAAAGAUAAUUUUGUAAACUAGAUUUUUCCGAAGAA